AUGACUUCUAAGCCGAGAACUCUGCUCGAUUUGCCUGUAGAAGUUGCGAAUCAAGUUCUGGAAAAACUGGAACCCACUAACCUGCCGAAAAGUGUGUCGAAGUUUACGGAGUGCAAUUGAUAAAAACAUUCAUUUCAACAAAAUCUCAAUUGAAUUGUGGAGUAACAGCGUUUCGUUUUAUUUCGACAAAAUUGAAAUCACCUACCGUAAUGCAUUUAAUAGUGGAUCAUAUAUGGAGUACAAUGGGCAACGAAAAACCAUAGAAGGUGUAAACUAUAUGGAAGCAGCUUUCACCGACUUGAAGAUACUUCUGAAGAAUGCAUUGGAUUUAACAAUUUACGGCAGAGUAAAGGAAAGGCUCACUGUCAGCUUUCUUGCAGAUAUCCUGAAGGAGAAUGUAAAUAUCCACGUGAAAACUUUAACUCUGUAAUUUCAUUUUGGGAAGUUUUUGAAAUUGGCCAACUUGAGAAGAUCACUCAUUUGGACCAAUGGAAGAACGCGAAGAAAUUCAAACUUUGGGAUUCUUGGUUUAAUUGUGAAUAUAUCGAAUAUCUCUUUCAUUUUGAAGAUUUUGCUAUUGAAACUGAUGAAUUUCCAAUACAAAGUGCGAUUAAAGUUAGAGAUGAUCUCUUGCAAAGAUGUACGUUCCAGAUAUGCACAAUUUUUGUUCUAAAACUCAACUUGAAGCCUGUUGAACUUGCAAGAGUAUUUCAACCGGAUUAUACUGGUGGCGAUGAGUUCACCCUGGAGUAUUCAAACGGGAAUUCUGAAUUUGAAAUAAAUUUUGGAGAUUGUCCCUUUGAGGGUCACCUUUGGGAGUUUGAAAUCAAAAGAUGCUGA